AUGACUACAUCUACUUCUUCUCAUAGACCAUUCCAAUUAGUCCAUGGUUCUAUCGAACAUACCCUUUUAGUUCCAAAUGAAUUGUUCUUCAACUACUCCCAAUUAAAGGAAGAAUUCACAAAGACUUUGCCUGAACCAACUGAAGGUUUUGCUGAUGACAACGAACCAAGUUCCCCUGCUGAAUUAUAUGCCAAGUUCUUGGGUUUCAUUGCUUCUUAUGCCGAUAAGGAAUUUGUUGGCCAAAUCUUGAAGUUGUCCUUGCAAGAUUUCAACUCAAGAUUCUUGGAUUCAAACAAUGAAAACAUUCACUCGUUUGCCGCUACUUUGUUAAGUGACGAUGUUGUUUACCCAACCACUCCAACCAAGAUCAAGGAUAACAUUAUCAAGAACUACUACCAAGCUAUCAUCAAGUCUAACACCAAGAUUGACAAGAUUGAAUCUAACUUGCUUUACCAAGCCCACAAGGGUGAUGCUAAAUUAGCUGCUAUUUUCGGUGGUCAAGGUAACACUGAUGACUAUUUCGAAGAAUUACGUGAAUUAUACAAGGUUUAUGGUGAUUUGAUCUACGAUGACUUGAUUGUUCCAAUCACUACCCAAUUGAACAAGUUGGUUAAGCAAGAUUCUUCUUCUUUGGACAAGAUUUUCACUCAAGGUUUAAAUAUCUUGUCUUGGUUAAGACACCCAGAAACCACCCCUGAUCAAGACUAUUUGUUAUCCGUUCCAGUUUCGUGUCCAGUCAUUUGUAUUAUCCAAUUAUGUCAUUAUGCUAUCACUUGUAAAGUCUUGGGAUUAACUCCAGGCGAAUUCAGAAAAUACUUUAUUGGUUCUACUGGUCACUCUCAAGGUUUAGUUACUGCUGUUGCCAUUGCUUCUUCUGACUCUUGGGAUUCAUUCUUGGAAAACUCCAUCAAGGCUACCUCCUUGUUAUUCUACAUUGGUGCCAGAUGUUUAAUCACUUAUCCAAGAACUACUUUACCACCAACCAUGUUGCAAGAUUCUUUAGAUCACGGUGAAGGUAGACCAUCUCCAAUGUUGUCAGUUAGAGAUUUAACCAUUGAACAAGUUGAAGCAUUCAUCAAACAAACCAACUCCCACUUGCCUCAAGAAAAGCACAUUGCUAUCAGUUUAGUUAAUGGUGCUAGAAACUUGGUUGUUUCUGGUCCUCCCGAAUCCUUGUAUGGUUUCAACUUGAACUUGAGAAAUAAAAAGGCUCCAAAUGGAUUAGAUCAAUCCAGAAUUCCAUUCAGCGAACGUAAAUUGAAGUGUUCCAACAGAUUCUUGCCAAUCUUUGCUCCAUUCCACUCCCAUUUAUUGGCUGAUGCCACUGAAACUAUUUUGGAAGAUGUCAGUCAACAAAACUUGAACUUUAAAGUUUCUGAUUUGAAAAUUCCUGUUUUCGAUACUUUUGAUGGUUCAAACUUCCAAGACUUUGUUGAAAAUGGUGAAACUUUAGUUGGUAGAAUCGUCAAAUGUAUCACUGAAUUGGCUGUCCACUGGGAAACUUCUACUAAAUUCCAAUCUACCCACAUUUUAGAUUUCGGUCCAGGUGGUGUUUCUGGUUUAGGUGUUUUGACCCACAGAAACAAGGAAGGUACCGGUGCUAGAAUUAUUGUUGCUGGUGCCCUUGAUUCUAACCCAAUUGAUGAUGAAUAUGGUUUCAAGCAAGAAAUCUUUCAUCACUCUGCCGAUAACGAAAUCAAAUGGGCUCCAAACUGGUUGAAUGAAUACAAGCCAACUUUAGUCAAGACUGCUCACAAUGGUAAGGUUUUCGUCAAGACCAAGUUUUCCCAAUUAUUAGGUAGAGCUCCAUUAAUGGUUCCAGGUAUGACACCAACCACCGUUAAUCCAAAGACUAUUAUUGCCUCUUUGAAUGCUGGCUACCACAUUGAAUUAGCUGGUGGUGGUUAUUUUGCUCCUCAAGGUAUGACUGCAGCUAUUGAUGAAAUUGUUGAAAACAUCAAGCCAGGUUACGGUUUAGGUAUUAACUUGAUUUACGUUAACCCAAGAAUGUUGCAAUGGGGUAUUCCAUUGAUUAAAGAAUUAAGAGACAAGGGUUACCCAAUUCAAUCUUUGACCAUUGGUGCUGGUGUUCCUUCAUUAGAAGUUGCCACUGAAUAUAUUGAAACUUUAGGAUUGACUCACUUGGGUUUGAAGCCAGGUUCUAUUGAUGCCAUUUCUCAAGUUAUUACUAUUGCAAAGGCUCAUCCAAACUUCCCAAUCGUCUUGCAAUGGACUGGUGGUAGAGGUGGUGGUCACCAUUCUUUUGAAGAUUUCCAUCAACCUAUUUUACAAAUGUACUCCAAGAUCAGAAGAUGUUCCAACAUUGUUUUGGUUGCUGGUUCUGGUUUUGGUUCCGAUGAAGACACUUACCCAUACUUGACUGGUUCUUGGUCUAAUGAAUACAACUACCCAGCCAUGCCAUUUGAUGGUAUCUUGUUUGGUUCCAGAGUUAUGACUGCCAAGGAAGCUGAAACUUCUUUAGAAGCUAAGAAAUUGAUUGCCACUUGUAAGGGUGUUUCUGAUGAUAAGUGGGAAUUGACAUAUAAGAAGCCAACUGGUGGUAUUAUCACUGUUAGAUCUGAAAUGGGUGAACCAAUCCAUAAGAUUGCCACUAGAGGUGUGAUGUUGUGGAAGGAAUUGGAUGACACCAUUUUCACCCAACCAAAGAACAAGCAAUUGGAAAUCUUGAACAAGAAGAAGGAUUACAUUAUUGAUAAAUUGAACAAGGAUUUCCAAAAACCUUGGUUUGGUAAGAAUGCCCAAGGUGUUUGUGACUUGCAAGAUAUGACUUACCAAGAAGUUGCCAACAGAUUAAUUGAAUUAAUGUAUGUUAAGAAGUCCCAAAGAUGGAUUGACGUUUCCUUGAGAAACUUUUUCGGGGAUUUCUUGAGAAGAGUCGAAGAAAGAUUUACUACUGCUUCUGGUGCUGUUUCUUUAAUUCAAAAUUACAACCAAUUACAAACUUCUCCACAACAAUUUACUGAUGAUUUCUUCAACAAGUUUGAACAAGCUAAGCAACAAUUGAUUUCGGAAGAAGAUUGUGAUUUCUUCUUGAUGUGUUGUUCCAGACCAACCCAAAAGCCAGCUCCAUUUGUCCCUGUUUUGGAUGACCGUUUUGAAUUCUUUUUCAAGAAGGACUCUUUGUGGCAAUCUGAAGAUUUGGAAACUGUCGUUGAUGAAGAUGUUCAAAGAACAUGUAUCUUGCACGGUCCAGUUGCUGCUCAAUUCACCAACAAGGUUAACGAACCUAUUGGUGAAAUUUUGGAUUCUAUUCACGAAGGCCACAUUGCCAAGUUGAUUAAGGACGAAUAUGCCAACGACGCUACCAAGAUUCCAGUUGUUGAAUAUUUCGGUGGUUCUACUGCCCCUGUUGAAACUGUUGUUGAAAAUGUCAAGAUUUCUACUGUUGGUGACAAGACCAUUUAUGAAAUUGCUUCCAAUGUUCCUGAACACGAUGCUUGGUUAAGAUUAUUAGCUGGUUCUGAAUUGGACUGGUUGAAGGCUUUUAUCUCAACUGAUAGAAUUGUUCAAGGCUCUAAGCACAUCGGUAACCAAGUUCACGAUAUUUUGAAACCAGUUGUUCAUUCCCGUGUUGAAAUUGUUGGUGCUGGAUCUCAAAAGAAAUUGGUUGGUUAUGAGAAUGUCAAGGGUGACUUGAAGCCAGUUGUUGAAAUCCAAUUGACCAAGGGUAAUGUUAUCCAAUUGAACUUGAUUGAACACAGAACUGCUGAUGGUACUCCAGUUGCCUUGCCAUUCUUGUACAACUACAACCCAGCUGAUGGUUUUGCUCCAAUCUUGGAAGUUAUGACUGGUAGAAAUGACAGAAUUAAGGAAUUCUACUGGAAGUUAUGGUUUGGUAAUGAUGUACCAUAUGACUUGAACAUUGAUGUCGAAGAAACUAUUGAAGGUGAACAAGUUACUAUUACAGGUCAAGAUAUUGCUGAAUUUACCCACGCUAUUGGUAACAACUGUGAUGCCUUUGUUACCCGUCAUGGUAAGGUUACUUUGGCUCCUAUGGAUUUUGCUAUUGUUAUUGGUUGGAGAGCUAUCAUUAAGGCUAUCUUCCCAAAGACUGUUGAUGGUGAUCUUUUGAAGUUGGUCCACUUGUCCAACGGUUACAAGAUGAUUCCUGGUGCUGCUCCAUUGAAGAAGGAUGAUAUUGUUUCUACUAAGGCUCAAAUUAAACGUGUUGUUAACCAAGCCAGUGGUAAACAAGUUGAAGUUGUUGGUACUAUUUACCGUGAAGGUAAGCCAGUCAUGGAAGUUACUUCUCAAUUCUUGUACCGUGGUGAUUACACUGAUUAUGAAAACACUUUCCAAAAGGUCACUGAAACUCCAGUUCAAGUUUCUUUAAAGAACUCCAAGGACUUGGCUGUUUUAAGAUCCAAGGAAUGGUUCCACUUGGAACAAGAUGUUGAAUUGUUGAAUCAAACUUUGACCUUUAGAUGUGAAUCCACUUACAAGUUCAAGACUGCCGAUGUUUACUCCAGCAUCAAGACCACCGGUCAAAUCUAUUUGGAAUUGCCAACCAAGGAAGUUGUUCAAGUUGGUCAAGUCGAUUACGAAGCUGGUGUUUCUUAUGGUAACCCAGUCACUGAUUACUUGCAAAGAAAUGGUAAGACUAUUGAAGAAGCUGUCAAGUUUGAAAAUGUCAUUCCAAUUUCUUCUGGUGAAGAAUUGACUUCUAAGGCUCCAUCCACUAACGAACCUUAUGCUAUUGUUUCUGGUGAUUACAACCCUAUCCAUGUUUCCCGUGUUUUCGCUGCUUAUGCUAAGUUACCAGGUACUAUUACCCACGGUAUGUACUCCAGUGCUAAUAUCAGAGCCUUGGUUGAACAAUGGGCUGCCAACAAUGUUGCUGCUAGAGUCAGAGCCUUCAAGUGUGACUUUGUCGGUAUGGUUUUGCCAAAUGACACUUUACAAACCACUUUGGAACACAUUGGUAUGAUUAACGGUAGAAAGAUCAUCAAGGUUGAAACUAAGAAUGUUGAAACUGACUCUGUUAUUUUGAUUGGUGAAGCCGAAAUUGAACAGCCAAUCACCGCUUAUGUUUUCACUGGUCAAGGUUCCCAAGAACAAGGUAUGGGUAUGGACUUGUACAACUCUUCUGAAGUUGCCAGAGAAGUUUGGGACAAGGCUGAUGUCCAUUUCGUCAACCACUAUGGUUUCUCCAUUUUGGACAUUGUUCAAAACAAUCCUAACGAAUUGACUAUUCACUUUGGUGGUGCCAAGGGUAGAAAGAUUAGAGAAAACUAUAUAACUAUGAUGUUUGAAACUAUUGGUGAAGAUGGUGAAUUGAAGUCCGAAAAGAUUUUCAAAGAUAUUGAUGAAACCACUACUAGUUACACUUUUGUUUCUCCAACUGGGUUAUUAUCUGCUACUCAAUUCACUCAACCUGCUUUGACCUUGAUGGAAAAAGCUGCUUAUGAAGAUAUCAAGAGCAAGGGUUUAAUUCCAAGUGAUAUCAUGUUUGCUGGUCAUUCUCUUGGUGAAUACUCUGCUUUAUCUUCCUUGGCUAAUGUCAUGCCAAUUGAAUCCUUGGUUGAUGUUGUCUUUUACAGAGGUAUGACUAUGCAAGUUGCUGUUCCAAGAGAUGAAUUGGGUAGAUCCAACUAUGGUAUGUGUGCUAUUAACCCAAGUCGUGUCAGUGUUACUUUCAAUGAUGCUGCUUUAAGAUUUGUUGUUGAUGAAGUUGCCACUGUUACCGGCUGGUUAUUGGAAAUUGUGAAUUAUAACGUUGAAAACCAACAAUAUGUUGCUGCUGGUGACUUGAGAUCUUUGGAUACUUUAACCAAUGUUUUGAAUGUCCUUAAAUUAAACAAGAUUGAUAUUGUUAAGUUACAAUCGAUGAUGAGUUUGGAAGAAGUUAAACAACACUUGAAGGAAAUCAUUGAUGAGUGUUCCAAGAAGUCCAUUGCCAAGCCACAACCAAUUGAUUUGGAAAGAGGAUUUGCCGUUAUUCCAUUGAAGGGUAUUUCCGUUCCAUUCCACAGUUCAUAUUUGAGAAGUGGUGUCAAGCCAUUCCAAAGAUUCUUGUGUAAGAAGAUUCCAAAGAGCAGUGUCAAGCCUAACGAUUUGAUUGGCAAGUAUAUUCCUAACUUGACUGCUAAGCCAUUUGAGUUGACCAAAGAAUACUUCCAAGAUGUAUAUGAAUUAACUGGUUCUGAGAAGAUUAAAAAGAUUCUUGAGAACUGGGAAUCUUAUGAAAAGGCUUAA